AUGGCUGGCAUGUCGCGGAGACCUCCCAGCAUGUACUGGUGUGUGGGGCCGGAGGGGUCAGCUGUGUGUCCAGAACGUGCCAUGGAGACGCAUAACGGUGCCGGGGACAUGGGCAGCAAACCAUCCACGCCAGGCGAUGACUCCACCGUGCGGUCCCCCAGGACAGAAGGCAUCCACACUGCAUACAAGCAGGGAGACCACAGCAGGGCCCAAACCCUGCUAAGAGAAGCUUGCGACGAGAGCACAUCCCAACUGGAAAAGGGCCAGCUUCUGAACAUCCCGGCAGCCUAUGGGGAUCUGGAGAUGGUCCGGUAUCUACUCACCGAGAGGCGUGUGGAGCUGCCCACUGAGCCCACUGAUGACAACCCAGCUGUGGUGGCAGCGCACUUUGGGCACACAGAAGUUGUACAGGAGUUGCUCGAGUCAUUGCCAGGUCCCUGCAGCCCCCAGCGACUGCUCAACUGGAUGCUGGCCUUGGCUAGCCAGCGAGGACACCUAGGGGUCGUGAAGCUCCUGGUCCUGACACAUGGGGCUGACCCGGAGAGCUAUGCUGUCAGGAAGAAUGAGUUUCCUGUCAUCGUGCGCUUGCCCCUCUACGCAGCCAUCAAGGCAGGGAAUGAAGACAUUGCCAUAUUCCUGCUCAGGCAUGGGGCCAAUUUCUGUUCCUACAUCUUACUGGAUAGUCCCGACCCCAGCAAGCAUCUCCUCAGGAAAUAUUUCAUUGAAGCCAGUGCCUUGCCCAGCAGUUAUCUGGGGAAAACGGCACUGCGAGUGAAGUGGUCCCACCUCAGGCUGCCCUGGGUGGAUCUGGACUGGCUCAUAGACAUCUCCUGCCAGAUCACGGAGCUUGACCUUUCUGCCAACUGCCUGGCGACCCUCCCCUCCAUCAUCCCCUGGGGACUCAUCAACCUCCGGAGACUGAACCUCUCGGACAACCACCUGGGGGAACUGCCCGGUGUGCAGUCAUCGGAUGAGAUCAUCUGUUCUGGGCUGCUUGACAUGGACAUUUCCAGCAACAAGCUGCCCCACCUCCCGCCCGGAUUGUUGCACCUCUCAAAACUUCAAAAACUUACAGCAGCAAAAAACUGUUUAGAAAAAUUGUUUGAAGAAGAAAGUGCCACUAACUGGAUUGGUUUGCGAAAGCUACAGGAACUCGAUCUAUCUGACAAUAAAUUGACAGAACUCCCUGCCCUGUUCCUUCAUUCUUUCAAGUCACUCAAUUCCCUGAAUGUCUCCAGGAACAACCUGAAGGUGUUUCCAGAUCCCUGGGCCUGCCCUUUGAAAUGUUGUAAAGCAUCCAAAAAUGCCCUGGAAUCCCUGCCAGAAAACAUGGCUGUCUUUUGGAAGAAUCACCUUAAGGAUGUGGAUUUUUCAGAAAACACACUAAAAGAAGUUCCUCUGGGACUUUUUCAGCUUGAUGCCCUCAUGUUCUUGAGGUUACAGGGAAACCAGCUGAUGGCGCUUCCACCUCAAGAGAAGUGGACUUGCAGGCAACUCAAGACGCUGGAUCUCUCCAGAAACCAACUUGGCAAAAAUGAAGAUGGACUUAAAACGAAGCGCAUUGCCUUCUUUACCACCAGAGGGCGCCAGCGUUCCGGGACUGAAGCAGUGAGUGCGUUGGAAUUUCCAACCUUCCUAAGUGAGUCUUUGGAAGUCCUUUGUCUGAACGACAACCACCUCGAUGCAGUCCCACCCUCGGUCUGCCUACUGAAGAGCUUGUCAGAGCUCUACUUGGGAAACAACCCUGGCCUCCGAGAGCUGCCUCCUGAGCUGGGGCAGCUGGGCAACCUCUGGCAGCUGGACACCGAGGACCUGACCAUCAGCAACGUGCCUGCAGAAAUCAGGAAAGAAGGCCCCAAAGCAAUGCUGUCCUACCUGCGUGCCCAACUGCGGAAGGCGGAGAAGUGUAAGCUCCUGAAGAUGAUCAUCGUGGGGCCCCCACGUCAGGGCAAGUCUACCCUUCUGGAGAUCUUGCAGACGGGGAGGGCCCCGCAGGCACUGCACGGCGAGGCCACCAUCAGGACCACCAAGUGGGAGCUGCAGAGGCCGGCUGGCUCCAAAGCCAAGGUUGAGUCGGUGGAGUUCAACGUCUGGGACAUUGGGGGCCCGGCCAGCAUGGCCACUGUCAACCAGUGCUUCUUCACGGACAAGGCCCUGUAUGUGGUGGUCUGGAACCUGGCACUGGGGGAGGAAGCCGUGGCCAACCUCCAGUUCUGGCUGCUCAACAUCGAGGCCAAGGCCCCCAACGCCGUGGUGCUGGUGGUUGGAACCCACCUGGACUUAAUCGAAGCCAAAUUCCGAGUGGAGAGGAUCGCAACACUGCGCGCCUAUGUGCUGGCACUCUGCCGCUCCCCCUCGGGCUCCAGGGCCACUGGCUUCCCAGACAUCACCUUCAAACACUUACACGAGAUUUCCUGCAAGAGCCUGGAAGGCCAGGAAGGGCUGCGGCAGCUGAUUUUCCACGUCACCUGCAGCAUGAAGGAUGUUGGCAGCACCAUCGGCUGUCAGCGGCUGGCGGGAAGGCUGAUCCCCCGGAGCUAUCUGAGCCUGCAGGAGGCUGUGCUGGCAGAGCAGCAGCGCCGCAGCCUGGACGACGAUGUGCAGUACCUGACGGACCGGCAGCUGGAGCAGCUGGUGGAGCAGACGCCCGACAAUGACAUCAAGGACUAUGAGGACCUGCAGUCAGCCAUCAGCUUCCUCAUAGAAACCGGCACCCUGCUGCACUUCCCAGACACCAGCCACGGCCUGAGAAACCUCUACUUCCUCGACCCCAUUUGGUUGUCCGAAUGUCUGCAGAGGAUCUUCAACAUUAAGGGCUCCCGAUCAGUGGCCAAGAACGGGGUGAUCCGAGCAGAGGACCUCAGGAUGCUGCUGGUGGGCACUGGCUUCACACAGCAGACGGAAGAGCAGUACUUCCAGUUCCUGGCCAAGUUUGAGAUCGCCCUACCUGUGGCCAAUGACAGCUACCUCCUGCCACACCUCCUUCCAUCCAAACCUGGCCUGGAUACCCACGGCAUGCGGCACCCCACGGCCAACACCAUUCAGAGGGUGUUUAAGAUGAGCUUCGUUCCCGUUGGCUUCUGGCAAAGGUUUAUAGCCCGGAUGCUGAUCAGCUUGGCAGAGAUGGACCUGCAGCUUUUUGAAAACAAGAAGAAUACUAAAAGCAGGAACAGGAAAGUCCCCAUUUACAGUUUUACAGGAAACCAGAGAAAUCGCUGUAGCACGUUCAGAGUCAAAAGAAAUCAGACCAUCUAUUGGCAGGAAGGGCUCCUGGUCACUUUUGAUGGGGGCUACCUCAGUGUGGAAUCCUCCGAUGUGAACUGGAAAAAGAAAAAAAGUGGAGGAAUAAAAAUCAUUUGCCAAUCAGAAAUGAGGGACUUCUCAGCAAUGGCUUUUAUCACGGAUCACAUCAAUUCCUUGAUCGAUCAGUGGUUUCCCGCUCUGACAGCUACAGAGAGUGAUGGGACCCCACUCAUGGAGCAGUAUGUGCCCUGCCCAGUCUGUGAGACGUCCUGGGCCCAACACACGGCCCCCAGUGAGAAGUCAGAGGACGUGCAGUACUUUGACAUGGAAGACUGCGUACUGACAGCCAUUGAGCGGGACUUCAUCUCCUGCCCCAGACACCCGGAUCUCCCCGUGCCACUCCAGGAGCUGGUCCCCGAGCUGUUCAUGACCGACUUCCCGGCCAGGCUCUUCCUGGAGAACAUCAAGCUGGAGCACAGCGAGGAUGAGAGCAGCGUCCUGGGCCAGGGUGGAAGCGGCACCGUCAUCUACCGGGCCCGGUACCAGGGACAACCCGUGGCUGUGAAGCGAUUCCAGAUCAAGAAGUUCAAGAACUUUGCCAACGCCCCAGCAGACACCAUGUUGAGGCACCUACGGGCCACGGAUGCUAUGAAGAACUUCUCGGAGUUCCGGCAGGAGGCCAGCAUGCUGCACGCCCUGCAGCACCCCUGCAUCGUGUCACUCAUGGGCAUCAGCAUCCACCCGCUCUGCUUCGCCCUGGAGCUGGCCCCACUGAGCAGCCUCAACACCGUGCUGUCCGAGAACGCCAGAGAUUCUUCCUUUAUGCCCCUGGGACACAUGCUCACUCAAAAAAUAGCCUACCAGAUUGCCUCAGGCCUGGCCUACCUGCACAAGAAAAAUAUCAUCUUCUGUGACCUGAAGUCCGACAACAUUCUGGUGUGGUCCCUUGAUGUCAAGGAGCACGUCAACAUCAAGCUGUCUGACUACGGGAUUUCAAGGCAGUCAUUCCACGAGGGUGCCCUAGGCGUGGAGGGCACUCCUGGCUACCAGGCCCCAGAGAUCAGACCUCGCAUUGUGUAUGACGAGAAGGUAGAUAUGUUCUCCUAUGGGAUGGUGCUCUACGAGCUGCUGUCAGGACAGCGUCCUGCACUGGGCCACCACCAGCUCCAGAUUGCCAAGAAGCUGUCCAAAGGCAUCCGCCCAGUUCUGGGGCAGCCAGAGGAAGUGCAGUUCCAUCGACUCCAGGCACUCAUGAUGGAAUGCUGGGACACGAAGCCUGAGAAGCGCCCUCUGGCCCUGUCGGUGGUGAGCCAGAUGAAGGACCCGACCUUCGCCACCUUCAUGUAUGUGCUGCCCUGUGGGAAGCAGACGGCCUUCUUCUCGUCCCAGGGCCAGGAGUACACCGUGGUGUUUUGGGACGGGAAGGAGGAGUCCAGGAACUACACAGUGGUAAACACGGAGAAGGGCCUUCUGGAAGUGCAGAGGAUGAGCUGCCCGGGCAUGAAACUGAGCUGCCAGCUCAAGGUCCAGAGCUCCCUGUGGACCGCCACCGAGGACCAGAAAAUCUACAUCUACAGCCUCAAGGGCAUGUGCCCCUUAAACACACCCCAGCGGGCCUUGGACACCCCAGCUAUCGUCACAUGUUUCUUGGCAGUGCCUAUUAUUAAAAAGAAUUCCUACCUGGUGUUGGCGGGCCUGGCUGAUGGGCUUGUGGCCGUGUUUCCUGUGGCACGGGGCACCCCAAAUGACAACUGCUCCUACCUGUGCUCACACACAGCCAACAGGUCCAAGUUUGGCAUCCCAGAUGAAGACAUGCGGCAGAACCCCUACCCAGUGAAGGCCAUGGAGGUGGUCAACAGCGGGUCCGAGGUCUGGUACAGCAACGGGCCAGGCCUCCUCAUCAUCGACUGUGCGGCCCUGGAGAUCAGCAGGCGUCUGGAGCCCUACUCAGCUCCCUCGGUGGUCAUGUCGCUCACAUGUAGCUCUGAGGGCAGGGGGGAUGAGGUUGUCUGGUGCCUGGAUGACAAAGCCAACUCCUUGGUGAUGUACCAUUCAGCCACCUACCAGCUGUGCGCCCGGUACUUCUGCGGGGACCCCAGCCCCCUCAGGGACAUGUUUCCCGUACAGCCAUUGGACCCAGAAGCUCCGGGCAGCCACACGGCCAGCCCGAAGAAGCCCGAGGGGGACUCCAUCACGGACGUGAGCAUCAUGUACAGCAAGGAGCUGGGCAUGCAGAUCCUGACCCACCAGGACUCGCUGACUGACUACUGCUCCAUGUCCUCCUACUCCUCGUCCCCACCCCACAGGGUGGCCAGGUCCCUCCCCAGCCUGCCCAGCUCCCCAACCAGCUCCUCCAGUGUGCCUUUCUCCACCGACUGUGAGGACUCGGACAGGCUGCAUGAGCCUGGGGCUGCCUCCAACAGGUCUGAGCACGACCUGACUCCUGUGGACGGGGAGACUUUCAGCCAGCACCUGCAGGCCGUGAAGGUCCUCGCCGUCAGAGACCUCAUUUGGGUCCCCAGGCGCGGUGGAGAUGUUAUCGUCAUUGGCCUGGAGAAGGAUUCGGGCGCCCAGCGGGGCCGAGUCAUCGCCGUCUUAAAAGCCCGGGAGCUGACUCCACACGGGGUGCUGAUGGACGCUGCUGUGGUGGCAAAGGACACCAUUGUGUGCGGCUUUGAAAAUGAAAACACAGAGUGGUGCCUGGCUGUCUGGAGGGGCUGGGGCACCAGGGAGUUUGACAUUUUUUACCAGUCUUACGAGGAGCUGUGCCGGCUGGAGGCUUGCACUCGCAAGAGAAGGUAAUUCCUGGGGAAUAACUGUCACACUUGGAGCUGACUGGCCCAGGGCCGCAGCCCGACCCCUUCAACCCCUCAGCUAGCAGCCUGCAGCCUCCGAAGACCAGAAGAUAGAUGAAGCUCUCCCCUGAAUCCCUUGCUGCUAAGAAGUGCUGAGAAGUUACCAGCCUGGUGGUGGUUUGAGGGUUCUCCACUUCUCUAGGGCAGAAUUACCUGAAUACCCCAUCCCCCAUUAUUGGUUUUACAGCCCAAGGGAAGACAGUGGGAUCUGGCCAGGAGAGGCCUCCUCCUGCCUCCCCCAUCAGCUUUCAGGUGAAAGGGGGAGGGGGAUCCCAUUCUGGGCUGGGUCACACAAAGGGGGCUGGGCCCUCCUGCCACAAAGGGCCUGUCCAUUUGCAUCCCAGGCCUCAGAUGGAAUUACACUAGGGGCUCUGGUUGGGAAGCAGUUCAAGGCAGGAGAAGGCUGUGACCCCUGCCCUUUCCCCCCAGAGACCCCAGGCUCUCAGCACAUUUCACAAGCUCCCGAGUCCCCGGGGCCUGGGGCCCCGGCUUAGGCAAGCCAAGAUCAGAUGUCUCCCUGCUCAGGAAAGUCUCUGUGUGGGGAAACCCCCAUAAGGACCCUGGGGGAGGGGUGCUGCCCAGUCCAGGGAAUGAAUGAGUUCCUUUAAGUGCCACCUCUGGAAAGCCCAGAGGCACACCAUGGGCACCGGCUCCGCCCUCACAUUCUUCUGCUGCUGACAAAAGGAAGGAGAAACUCAACCAACUGACUCAAGAAAAGGCCUUGUGUUUAUGGCUUCGUAAAAUAAAUUUGGGUGCAGCUGGAGCACAAGCCCUAUUUGUUUGCACAUAAUAAUCUUGUUUAUCACUUUAACAAAUGAAGGAAUAUCACCAUGGUUAGGACUCUUAUUGUGAAAUCACAUCAUUUGGGACUUAUACCAAUUAUGUAUUUGCGGAACGGUCACUGCACAGCAGGAUGUGGAAAGGGGAGAGGGAAACUAUUGACAGGGAAUUGACGGGCACAACAGCAAACAUUUUUAUAGAAUUAUGCACACACAUACAUGCACAUGUGCACACAUAGCCACAUCUUUGCCAAAAGUUACCAUUUGAAGCUACAUAAGCCAGAAUGGGGGUUUAUGAGAGCUCACACUCUGGCUCAAGGUUGCUGACCCUUUUCUAAAAUUAAAUUAUAAAGAUCAAAUUCAGUAUUAGCUGGAGUAUGCAGGCAGAUGUGAUUCUUUUCAUCUGAAAAUAAACAGACUCUCUC